AUGGUUUUGUACUCACUUGUACAAGUCAUAACUCUUGCCAUUUUAUAUACUGCCUGUUGCUCUCCAGCAACAGCCAUCAGAGACGCUUCUUAUGGUUAUUUUAGCAUCGAUUUGAUCCACCGUGAUUCCGUGAAAUCUCCUUUUUAUGAUCCUUCUAUGCCUUAUUCCAAACGCAUUGGCCAUGCUUUGCAACGCUCUUUCAUUAACGCUAAACGCGUGAAUGAAAACCGUGGUCUAAAACGACCAAAGUACCAGACCGAGAUAAUCCCUGACCACGGGGAAUAUCUCUUAAACAUUUCCUAUGGAAAUCCACCACAUCAAGUCUUGGCAAUCGCCGAUACUGGUAGUGAUUUGUCGUGGAUACAAUGUGAACCUUGUAUUAAAUGCUACAAGCACAAAGCCAAACUUUUUAACCCGAAAACAUCAUCAACUUAUCGACCCAUUGAUUGCAAAUCAAAAGCGUGCAUGGAGCUAUCCUUGCCCGAAACAAGUUGCUCUUUAACGAAAUCUUGUCAGUUUUUUGAAAGCUACGCUGAUGGAUCUUUCAGCAAUGGCACUGUCUCCAGAGAGACAGUGACGUUAGGGGACCAAGUCCUCCCAAAUAUGAUUUUUGGUUGCGGGUUUAGUAAUGGGGGUAUUUUUAGAGAAACAUGGGGUGGGAUAAUUGGCCUUGGUGGUGGCGACUACUCUCUAGUGUCACAAAUAAAUACUUUUGUACCCGAUAAAUUUUCAUAUUGUCUCAUUCCAUUCCCAAAACCAGAUGACUCGACCGAAAAAUCUAGUAAAAUGAUAUUUGGUAAUAUUGAUAUUGGCCCCGGUUUUGUUUCCACUCCACUUGUCCCAAAACUCCCAAAAACGUAUUAUUAUGUCACGUUAGAAGGGGUUAGUGUCAAUGAUGAGCGGUUUGAUAUUCGCGACAACUCAAGUUCCCAAACUUCGUUGCCAAAAGGAAACAUGAUCGUUGAUUCAGGAACAACGUUAACAAUGUUGCCUCGUAACAUUUACCAUGAAGUCAAGGCAGCCGUGAAGAACGCUGUUAAUUUGAGAACGAUGAAGGACCCUCAAAAGUCUUUGAACUUGUGUUAUCGUGCUACAAAAGUGACUAAUGUGCCUAAAGUCACUAUGCACUUUGAUGGGGCGGAUGUUGAGUUGGGGAAGGACAAUAUAUUUGUGACUGUUAGUAAGCAUAUUAUAUGCUUAGCAUUUGGGCCAACUACAGAUCUGGCGAUAUAUGGGAAUUUGGCUCAAAUGAAUUUUUUUGUAGGUUACGAUCUACAAAACAAAAUGGUGUCCUUUAAGCCUACUGAUUGUGAAAAGUUUUAA